AGGGGCAGGGGUGUUUCUUGACUUGUCCCAACCCAGACACAGCAAAUCAUUCGGCCUCAGGCCAGCUACUUAAACCCCCACCCCUCCCCAAAGCCAUGGUGGCCAAACAGCGGAUCCGGAUGGCAAACGAAAAGCACAGCAAAAACAUCACACAGAGAGGGAACGUAGCCAAAACCCUGCGGCCACAAGAAGAGAAAUAUCCUGUAGGACCAUGGCUGCUGGCUCUGUUUGUUUUUGUUGUCUGUGGAUCAGCUAUCUUUCAAAUCAUUCAGAGCAUCAGGAUGGGCAUGUGAGAAGCAGGGAAUCAACACUGACUUUACCACUCAACAUGGUGGACCAGAUACAAGUCUAGCCUGGCAUACACGUGAAGAGGUCUUACCUGACAGUGCCUGUGCAUUUCUUCUUGGUAGGUCAGACCAAAUUACCUUUUGACCUGUCAUGCUGGUACAUACAUGUUUUAACUGCCACAACAAAAAAGGACAUUUUGCUUUUCUAUAGACUUAAUGCAUUAACCACAUUGGUUAGCUAUUCCAGUGCUGUUCAGUUGAUUUAUUUAUUCUCUUACAUAAUGUAUUUGUGAUGGCCAUGUAAGUGCUUCUACUUUGUGUGUAUAUUAGAAUUCUGUUCUAUGCUGGACAUUUGUUUUUAUUACAAAUAAAUAUUCAUGUGCACCUCUAUCACAUUGGUUC